AUGGCCGAUGCCUCUUCAUAUCCUCUCCCAGUACAUGACUCCAAUUUCGACAAUCCAGAUGUCACAUCAAAUCAGUCAACAACGUCCAACUACAUUUCGGUCUUGCCAGAUGACGGUCCCGAGACGAGCCCCUCGAUGCCAAGUCUCACGCCUUCAAGAUCCCAAACCCACAGCACUGCGGCAUACGCUUCACCUGAAAACACUGAAGACGGCAAUGAUGAGCCUGUCCAAUCCUCACCUGUCACGUUUGAGUUUAAUUGUCCACAUUGUCGGGAGAAGAGAGCUUCUCGGGCAUUGCUCAACAAACACAUCAAAACUCAUACUCAACCAUACAGGUGUGGUCAUCAAGGCUGUGCUGUCGGCAAAGCCACACAACGGGAUCUCGACCGUCAUCAAGACACGCACGGGAAGAUACGUCGAUACUUCUGCCCUGUUUAUGGAUGUGCAUACGACGUUCAUGGCAUUCAAGGUGGCUUCUCGAGACGAUUGGACAAUGCAAAAAGACAUCUCAAGACAACACAUGACAACAGUCAAGGAUUGUCAGUACUGAGAGAGGAUAGCCAAGGAAGAUUGGAGAGAGUGUAG